AUGGCUUUACAAGACGUCGUUACUAGAGAAUAUACCAUUAACUUGCAUAAAAGAUUACAUGGUGUUCACUUCAAGAAAAGAGCUCCAAAGGCUGUUAAAGAAAUCAGGAAGUUUGCCACAUUACAUAUGGGAACCACUGAUGUCAGAUUAGACCCUAAGUUGAAUGUUGCAUUAUGGAAAAGAGGUGUACAGGGUGUUGAACACAGAGUCAGAUUGAGAAUCUCGAGAAAAAGAAACGACGAAGAAAACGCUAAGGAAAAAUUGUUUGCUUAUGUUGAACCAGUGAUUGUACCAACAACCAAAGGAUUACAUACCGUUGUUGUGGAAGAUGAAGAGUAA